AGCAUUCUGCUUAGUCACUUCGAAAGAAGAUCAUCGAAGGGACAUCGGCAGCUCAGCAUGGGCUGCGCCGCCAAACUCGGUCUGCUACUGCUCCUCGGUAGCUGGGCUUCUGUGGAAUCUGAACUCGACGACAUAAAGAACACGAUAUGUUUCAAACAGUCCACACGCUUCAAAAAUCUUAAGAAAUUCACCUACCAGUAUGAAGCUGAGACCUCCAAUGAAAUAUUCGAGAAGCCCAACUCAAUCUCUGGUGUCCAGAUAGCCUGUAAAGUGGAACUUGAAGUACCUCAGUACUGUGCAUACAGUAUGCGGGUAAGUUCAUGCAGCUUAAAGGAAGUGGAAAGUAUCAGCAGUGAUGGCAAGCCAAUCUUUGGUCUUUCUAGUAAUAACGAAGAGUUCCAGCAGGCUAUGUCCAGAUAUGAACUGAAAUUCACCACGUCACAUGGACACAUGGGUGUCACUCUGUAUCCAAACAAAAAUGAACCAACCAACAUCCUCAACAUCAAGAGAGGUAUCAUUUCUGUUCUUCUGGUGCCGGUGGAAUCAGGUGAAGAUGAACAAUUCGUUGACACGGCAACCGUGUAUGGUAACUGCUCAAGCAGGAUCACAGUGAACAGCAGAACAGGCAGUCUUGCUACUCAAAUGACAAUUGGAAGAGACCUUGCUCAGUGUAAUAAAUUCACACCUAUCAGAGACCACACUAGUCCUAUAGCCAUGGUUACUGGACUGCCAUUCGAUACAUCAGCACUUCUGACUAGCAAUCAAUAUUGUAGCUACUCGUUGGGUGUGAAGAAACAUGUAACAGAAGCCAUUUGCAAUGAAGAGCACAUUUUUGUGCCUAAUCAUUACAAUGAUGUACUUGGAUCUCUGUCACGUGUAAAACAAAUUCUUAAACUGGAAGCAGUAACUACAACAAACAGCCAAUACUUUGCUGGUGAUGAAUCAACCAUCAAGAAAGAAUUGACUAUGGAACAUGUUGAGGAUAGAGUACAGAGUGCAGAUUCUGUACUGUUAGUGUUACAGAAACUGGCCAGGAUCUCAGAGGAUGAUCAACGUCAACAAAGGGCUAAUUUAUUCCAAACGUUGGUGGCUGAACUAAGGAAGGUAGAUGGCAAAACUCUUGAAACAGCUCUGCCUGACCUACUUCAAAUGGAAAAACCCAGAACCCUCACUUUUCAAGCACUUCUCCAGUGUGGUACCCCAGAGUGUUUUGGAGCAAUAAUACAAAUGCUUCAAAGCAAAAAUGUCCCCGAAUUGCUGGCAGAUGCAGUUACGUACUCUGUGGGACUCAUGGCUUCACCAUCUGAAGAUAGAAUUCGGUCCAUCCUUAAUAUGGCAAAAGUUCGGCAAACACGGGGUAUGUUUUAUGCCCUGAGUCACACAGUGAGGAGGUUUUACAAUGAAAGGAAGCAAAAUGUGCCAGAGGUAAAGGAAGUUGCGGAUUACUUAAUGUCCAUAAUCGGAAGUGAGUGCUCUGGCAAUGAAAACACAGUCUACCUUACUCUAAAGGCACUGGGAAACAUGGGACAAGCAAUGGAGAGUGCAGCUCCUGAAAUUAGAACAGCGCUGUUAAGAUGUAUUAAAAGCGGUACAGCUUCCCCCUCCGUUCAGCAAGCUGCUGUUCAAGCUUUCAGACAAAUGACCUUAACUGAUGAGAUUCGCACUGAACUUCUCGAGGUAUAUACAGAUAACACUUCACCUGUCCUGAAAAGACUGGGGGCCUACCUUCUUAUCAUGAAGAAACCAACAUAUAGACAACUAAGAAAAAUAAUUAAAAGUCUCUCAAAGAUUGAAAAUGAACAAGUAAAAAGCUUUGUUUCCACUCAUCUUAGUAACAUUCUGAUAUCUAAGGAUCCCACAUUACAAGAGCUAAAAAACAAAUUGGCAGAUGCAUUAAAAGAGACAAUACUUCCAGCACCCAAGGAUUUCAGAAGAUAUUCUAGAAACUAUCAAAUAUAUAAGAAAAUUAACUUUUUAAGAACACCUAAUAUUCUGGAAGGAGGAUUGCAAAGUAAUGUAAUUUUUGACCCAAACACUUACGUGCCAAGAGCCAUAAUGUUAGAGACCACUUUGAAUGUUUUUGGCCGGUCUGUGGACCUGUUUGAGAUCGGCUUGGAAGGCAAUGGACUUGAACCAUCUCUCAGCGCAAUAUUUGGACCUGAAGGAUUUUUUCCAGACAGUGCAAUGAAGGCACUAUACUGGGUGGAUGGUAAAGUUCCAGAGGGAGUAUCAGAAGUGCUAUUCAAAUGGUUUGGAGUCAAUAGAGAUGAUGAACAUUCAAAGAAUAAUCUGAUGAAGGAACUCAAGCUGAAUUUUCAGAAUAUGUGGAAGAAAAUUGAACAACAAACACCAGAAGUAGAGGCUUUCUUGAGAGUCUAUGGAAAUGAACUAGGAUAUGUUAAAGGCAGUGAUUUCAAGUUGCUUGAGGAAAUGAUGUCAAAAGGUUUCCAACUACUCCAAAGCCUUCCAGCACAGGUCAAGUCAAUUCUCCUGAAUGGAUUAGGUGGCAACCUGUUUGCUCACUACAUCUUUUUGGACAGCCAGUUUAACUUUCCCACCGGAGCUGGUCUCCCUCUUAAGCUGUCUAUUUCUGGUACAACUACACCUGGUGUUAAAGCAGGGCUGAAAUUUGAAAAAAACAAGAUCAGUGGUUUGUUUAAGCCUGAAAUUGCAACAGAGGUCAUGAUCAACCUGGGUAUUAAUGCACCAAAGUUUUCUAGAAAUGGAAUACAGCUGAAUUGCAAUCUGUAUUUUGAAUCUGGCAUUGAAGCUCAGGUCAGCAUGACUUCUAAUCAGAUAAAACUCAACAUUCCAGCACCCAAAAAACCAGUCCAGUUCUUCAGUUAUGGCUAUAAAGUGUCUCUAAUACAGAGUACAAAAAUUGAGGAGGUCCCAUCCAACAUGGAGAACGAACUGAAACAAUGCACAUCUUGGAUGGCAGGAGAAAACAUAUGUAUAACAUCAAGCUCAAUGGACAGUACACCAAGUUAUCCACUAACUCAAGAAAGAAGAUCUGUGAUUACAAUCGAACCUACAGGCGCAGUUACAGCCUACUCUGCAUCACUAACAUAUGGGUCGAAGAAAAUUGAAGAGGAUUUGGAACAGUCUCUUAAGUUUGCAGUCGAGGUCGAAGGCAGUGAAGCUACUGAGUUAGCUGCUGAAAUUAAGUACAACCCCAACAAGCACAGUCUUACAGCAGAUGUUCAGAUUCCCAAAUUCGAUGUUGGAUUUGGCAUGAAACUUGGAGCUGAAGACAAAUCCGUACAGGACAGGACUGCAUACUUUGCUAGAUUUGAUGUCAGAAACAAAAAUAUACCCGAAGUGACCUUCAAGGGCCGAGCAAGCUAUGAAAGUGAGCAGAAAAAUCUCUUGCUGCAAAGUGUUUUCACCAUUCCUCAGCACAAUGUUAGGACAAGCGUUGAAACUCAGAUUCGGCGUUUACCUGAUGGACUGUUUACUGAAUUCAGCUUGGAAGCUUCUGCCCCUCUGUUUGCUGCUUCAUAUCAGACCAAUUUCAAAUACGAUUCUAAGAAGGUCCAAGUGGCAUGGAACUCAGAAGCAAUGUCUGACCUUCAAACGCUUAAUGAGAAAAUUACAAACAUGAAAGCAUUUGAUACAUACCAACAAACCCUAAAUGAGCACCUUAACACCUUCCUAAAUAAAAAGGUUGCACAAACUGAUAUGACGCUGAGACACAUUAUUGACAGAUCAAUUGAGGCAAGCAAAAUGUGGUUACAACAGGCUAAUGGUAAAGUUCCAUUUGCUCCCACCAUUCAAAACCAUUUGCAAACUCUGGGGAACUUGGAUUUGAAGCAAAUGAAAUUAUCUUUCACUCUUCCAGAAAAACUCUUUUUAAAGAAUCAAGGCUCCAUCGCAGGUACAUUUGGGGAUAAUAAAGUUGACAUUCACGUUCCAAUUCCUUUUGGUGGGAAAGUGUUUGAAGAAGUUACACUUUUUCCAAGAACAGUGAGAUUACAUCCGGUGGCUAAAAAAGUGCUCGGAAUUACUUCACCAUCGAAUGAUUACACGAUACCAUCAGUUUUUAUUCCUCUUUUUGGAGAAGUAACUUCUAUUCCUUCUUUUACAAUUCCCAAAAUAUACAAGCUCCAGAUUCCUUCAAUGGACAAGCUGGAAUUCUCUUCCAAGCUGAAUAAUAAUUAUUAUAACUGGACCUCCAACUUUAAAUGUGAACGUAGUAGAAAGCAAGGUGGAAGACCAUUUUCAGUUGACCUAGAUAUCAAAGCAGACUCAGUUCUGGAUUUUUUGUCAUACCAACUGAAAGGUUCAGCACUCUCAAGCCAAGCUGGAGAACAUCUAUCUACAGAUAUCACUGGAUCAUUUAAACAUUCCUUACUUACAUCUUCAGUAAAGCUAUUAACAAAGAACCAUGGUUCAAAUGAUAAAUCUGAGGUAGAAUUUGAAUGGCAUGCACUUAGUAUAGGAGCAGCAAAGACCUCCUUGAUUUCAUCAUAUCAAUUUGGGUUUGGACAUGAUUCAAAUUUCGAAAUACAAGGGCGUGCAAAAGGAAUGGUAGAGGUAUCUUCAUUUUAUUCUGCUUGGAACUAUACCAUGUCUGAAACAUUUAAAUCCUAUAAGGAAGGCAGUGGAAGUUCAAUUUUAAAUUUCAAUUCUGCAUUGCUCCAAAUUACCAACAGAAUGAACAAUGAAUUCAGCCGUGAUAGUUUAACAUUUUCCUCAAACACUGAGAGCUCAUUAUUAAAUCUAAAAAAUAUCAUCAAACUAAGGAUGACAAAUAGGAGAUACGAAGUGAAAUGUGACACUUCAGGCCAGUCUCAUAACGGUGACUUCAUCAGCAACGUUAAAUGGACUAACACUAAUAAAGGACUGAAGAUAGAGAACAAGCUACGUGGUCACAUGUUUGAUGCUGCCAUAGAAACUGCAGAUCAUCUCAGCUACAAUGAAGGACAACUGAGUUUGUUAUUGAACUCAACAGGAAAGUAUAAAAAAAUGCAAACAACCAACGGAUUGAGUUAUUGGAACUACCUUUUCCACAAUGUAUUUGCUGUUGUAUUAAAUGAUAAUGGUCUGCAGUUAGAGUCCACUGCACAUUUCCCUUUUGUAAGUAACCAGGGUACUCUGAGCAUUGGGAAUGGUGGUCUGAAAGCUGAAGUGAACUCAAGUUUUAACAUAGAUCCUGUUGAUCUGAAAUCUAGAUUCAAAGUUAAUGUUCAACAAUCAAAAGCCACCAUGGUAUUUGCCAUCCUAGAUGAUUAUACUAGUUAUGUUAAUUUGAAUUUUAAUGGAUUAAUAGAUAGCAAUGGAGUGCAAAUGUCCAGUUCUUCUUCAGGUAGUAUUUUGGACACUAAAGCAAGCAAUAACUUCAUUCUUGGUCUUAAUAAAGCACAAGGGCUGGACCUUCUCACAACUACGGAGAUGGCAUAUAAAAAAAUUGUAUUUAACCGGACAGAUCACUUUACUAUUAAUUCAAGAGCAAUCAAUGCAGAAAUGCAGACCAAUGGGCACCUUAAUUCAGAAAGAAUCUACCACCAAAAUUUACAAAUGCUAUUGCAAGAUUUCAAAUUUUCCUGUGAUUAUGAUAACGGUUUCAAAUACCAACAACUCGAUCUUACCCAUACUGGACAAUUUCUGCUUGAACCAUUCAAGAUUAAUUUGAAGGGUGAAUUCAUGGGAAAGCAGAAUGCCCAUCAGGUGAAACAUUCUUAUGACUUGCAGUGUGCAGAAUGGAAAGUUUUAUUAAGUGCAAACACAACUGGAAAAGUGCAGUCAAAUAAAAUUAAUCACAAGUUAAACUUGGAAAUUGUUGGACUUUCUGCAUAUUUCUCCAGCGAUGCAUCUUGCAAAUCAAAACAAUUGCAAUUAGUGAAUCGGGUUCGUACAGCAGCUCUUCCAUUUAUCUUCACCUUUGAUGCUGAUACUGUUGCCGAUGGAAAUGUUGAUUACUUGGCCAAGCACAAUGGAAAGCUUAUCAAUAAACUCCAAAUGAAGGCAGAACCAUUUGCUCUUGCACUUCAUCAUAGCUAUGAAGGAACUUCUGAACAUAGUAAUAACAAUGAGAAAUUGUUACAGACACUUCUGAAAAACACCUUAGAUGUUAUGUUGAACCCAAGUGAGCAAUCCAGUACAUGGAAACUGGAAGGUCAGUUAAACAAAAAUGGCUACAUGCAAACUAUCUAUGCCUACAAUAAUCCAGCCAGAAUUGGCAUGAACAUUGAAGGUGAAGCAAAGGUUGAUUUUGUCAAAAAACUCUCCUUUAAGGGAAAGGACACUGUUGAUCCAGAUGAACCAUCGAAGAUAAAAAUUUUAGGUAAUCUGCAAUAUGAUAAAAAUACAAACGUUCAUGUUGUUGACAUACCUUUCUUGGAAGACUUGCCCAGGUACUUCAACUACUUAAAAUAUGGAAUUUUAAAUGCUUCAGAGUCCUUAAAAGACUUUUUGAUGAACAUGAAGGUUUAUGCCCAGAAAUACAAGAUUAUAUUGCGCCAAAUAAAUGAUUACAUCAAAGAAGUGGAUUUAGACUCGAAGAUGAAUGAAAUAAGGGAUAAAGUGUUAAAGUUUGUAACAGAUUAUGAGAACUCAGCAGAACAAUUCAACCUUGCUUUGAUCGAGAUAUCCAAUAAGAUGCUGACCAAUGUGCAGAUUUUUCUUAACUAUCUGAAACAGUAUGAUACAUCUGAAUUGAAGAAUGCCAUUACAGAGUUCACUAAGAUGAUUAUAAAUCAGUUGGUAAGAACUGUUGAACGAUAUGAAAUAACCCAAAAAGUUCUGAAGAUUGUCAUUCAAAUGCAGGCAUUUCUUGAACAACUUGCUCAGCAAGAAACUCACCUGGCUCAGUGGAUUCAGGAUCAGUGUACAGCAUUACAAACUAAACUGAAGGAAGUACAGGCACAACUCCAAAACAUCAAUUUGCAGGAACUGGCCGACAGACUAAAUCAACAAAUUUCAACAAUUAACUUCAGUGAGCUAAUUGAAAAACUGAAACAAGCACUAAAUGCAUUUGGUGAAAAGGUAAAUGAUUGGAUUAGAGGCACAUACCAGAUUUUUCAGUUUUGUGCUGAGGCCGUGGGUAUAGAUGAUACUAUUAAAUACAUCAAUACCAAGAUACAGGAGAUUAUUACAGUAUUUGAACUUGAUAAAUUGAUUCAGAAACUUCUUGACGAAACUGUGCUAUUCAUCAACCAACACAAGGUGAAGGAAGUAAUACAAGGAGUCAUAGCUACUCUUAAAAGAAUUGAUGUGAAGGCAUACAUUGAGAGAGCAGUUCAGUAUAUUAGAGAACUAUCUGAACAGAUAGGAUUAUAUGACUUCCAGAAAAUGAUUGACAAAUUUAAUGAGGUUCUUAGCAAAGUUAUUACAGAUUUAAAAGAAUUUGAUUAUAAUGCUUUUGUUGAUCGAACAAACAACUGGAUCCAAGAAACAAGCAAAGUUGUCAAAGAUAAUAUAAGCGAGUUAGAACUAGAAGAGAAAGUUAAGUCCAUGAUGAAAUACAUUCUAACAAUUCGCUAUUUAAUUGACGACUACCUGACACAGAGAAAUCUCAAUGAAUUGGUUGAUGUGCUGGUAGAUGUACUCAGAAGUGUAGCUGUGGCAAUUCACAAUGAUCUAAAAACUGCAUUUGGUGAUAUAAUCAGGGAAAUCCACAAAAGGAUCAGUGAAAUGAAUAUCUAUAAUGAACUGCAAAGUCACUGGCAAGAUGCUGUGUGUUAUUAUGAUAUGCUUAUUCAUCACCUCACAACAGCAUAUCAAAAGGCAAAAGAGAAUAUUGCAAUUUUUGCAGCAAAGAAUGAUCUUACAGAUGUAGUAAACCAAAUAUACGCUUACCUCGAAGAAGGUUUUGUUGUUCCAGAGCUGAACCUAGGUUUAAUAACUGUACCUCAGUUUGAAGUCAGCAUACAGGCUAUUAGGCAAGGACAGAUUGUCAUUCCAUCAUUUACAGUACCUCUGACAAAUCUAACUACAGCAUCUUACCAUGUUAAUUUACAGAAACUAAAAACUAUUACGAUUCCUACAAAAUUUGAAGUUCCACCAAUCACCAUUCUGAAUGUAUUUACUAUCCCUUCCUUCACAAUUGACUUGGAAGCAAUUAAGAACUUCAUUCUCACAACAAUUCAUGACAUACAGAAUUUUGAAAUUCCCACAGGAGCAUUCUCUCUAACUUCAGAUCUGAAUUUUCCCAUGCAAACACUUCCAAACAUAAUGCUUCCUGCAAUAGAUUUCAGUGCAUUCACUGAGCUUGAUUUCAGGAUUCCAAAAGUGAAUGUAAACAACUUCAUGCUGGACAACAUUAAGAUUCCUGAAUUCCAGCCGCCUCGUAUACCCCACCAAGUAUCUGUUCCUGCAUUUGGAAAACUCAGUGGUAUGUUCAGUAUUUCAUCUCCUGUUUACAACUUGCACACCACUGUUAGAAUUCACAACAGCACAGUUGUUGAAAGCAAACCUGAACUUCUAGCUUGUAUCACAGCAAAAGGCAAAUCAAGUUUUGACAUCCUAUCAUUUGACUUAGAAGCUAAAGCUCAGCUAUCAGUUCUUGAGCAGAAUCUUUUGAAACUAAGUGAAAAUAUCAAGCUUGACCAUUCAACUGUCGUCAUUGACCACAAAGGAAUGCUUAAUUUCUCAGAACCAUUUGUGAACGGAAAUACAGAGACCUUACUUAAAAUUACCUCUGAACCCUACAAAGCAGAAGCAAAGAAUGUUAUAGGAAUAAGAAUAGACAGAGGACUUUCCACAAAAAUGGAGACAAAUUAUCAACAUGAUUUCAGUGUACCAAAUUUAUCAUUAUCAAGUCAAGUGUCUCUGAAUAAUAUUGUUGAAACAAUUGUUAAUGAAAAGAGUGUAACAAGCACUGUCACUACGUAUACUGGUGGAAAAUUCUCUCUUAAGAACUUCUUUGAUGAAGGAAUAUACAGAAGUGAAGGGAAAUUGAAUCUUGAUGAAACUGCUCUUAAAGUCACAUUUGUUAGUAGCACAGACUCUAAAUAUGUAAACAUGAAACAAAACUUCAAGACUGAGAUCUUCCCUUCAUUUAAUGCCAAUUUAAUGUUGUAUGCAAAUACAAGUAUUGCACAGAUUGGAGACAGUACUUUAAGUGUGGAUGGAACUGCAGAUCUAGCAUCAUUGGAAGUAAAAUUAAUGGGAAAUCAACAUUCUGACCUCCGAGGUCAUGCAGUGGGUACAGUGGAUAAUUCAUUUACCUUCACAGUAAAACCAUUUGAAGUUGUUGUGAAAGAAAGAAAUACUGUCAAUGCAAAAGUUUAUUUCCCUUUUACACUUACUGGGAAAGUAGAGUUCCUGAAUAACUAUGAACUGGCAUUAAAUCCAAAUGUACAGCGUUAUGUCUGGGAUGUAACUUCAAGGUUCAAUGAGUACAAGUACAAGCAUAAUAUUUUUGCAAGUAAUAAUGAAGAAAAUAUAAGUUUACUUCUUGCAUUGACUGGUGAUGCAAAUUUGAAUUUCCUGACCUUGCCCAUUACCAUCCCGAAAUCUCCUAUUAAAAAAUAUUCUCUUUGGGAAGAUGCUGGACUCAAAUCAUUUUUGAGAACACCACGACAAACAUUUGAUUUAAGCCUGAAGACUGAAUACAUUAAGAACAAAGAUGUUCAUGACUUUAGAAUUGACUUGACACCUGUUUCUAAGUGGUUUGGAGAUCUUUUUACAAAAUCUGAAAAUGCCUUUAAAGAGAUUAGAGACAGCAUUUUGAAACAAUCAAGAAAUGAUCGAUCACAAGUAAAUCCCAGUGCAAGUUAUCUGCCAAAAUUUCUUCGUAUACCGAGUUAUACCAUACCAGUACUGAAGGCUGAAGUCUCUCCUUACAGAGUAGAGAUUCCAAAUUUCCAUUUUGUUGCUACAAGAGAAAUUACUACUCCAGCCUUUAGAUUGCCAAUUAUUAAUUUUAACAUGCCUUCCUAUACUUUUGUUAUGCCAUCCUUUGAAUUCACAUUGGUGAACAUUCCUGACAGUCUUUACAAAUUAUCUUUUCCAACGAUCAAAAUACCUGCUAUACAAGAAUCUAUCAAGCUUCCAGCUAUGGGCAAUUUGACAUAUGAUUUCUCACUUAAAUCAAGUUUAGUAACACUUGGUGUUCAUGCUGAACUUUUCAACCAGUCAGAUAUAAUUGCUCGGUAUGGUGUCUUAUCUUCAUCUAUCUUCACUUCAAACUUCAAAGCAGAAGGAACAACAAGCCUAGCAAGAAGGCGAAGGCUGAAAUUAGCAACAACUAUUUCUGUUCACCAUGAGGCCUUUGAGGGAAAGCACAACAGCACUCUAAGUUUAUCAUGGAAGAAUAUUGAUGCUUCAAUUAAUACUAGAGCAAACAUUAAACUUUCCAAAUUAAUCUUUAAUUUCACACACGAUUUGAGUGGUAAUACAAGGUCUAAACCCAAUGUGCAAUCAAAGGUGUCUCUUGACUACAGGCUAUUAGUGCCUUCAUUUGAAACUGAUCUUGUAGGAAAAGCUCUGCACUCACUUACCUUGGGAGAUCUUGCAUCAUACUUCAACUUGGAAACUUCAACUAAUGCUCAAGUCGGAGGAAGUGUGUCUUCCAUAAACAAAUUCUUUUGCAGUUUGAACAAUGAAGCAAGUGUUUACCUCAGUUCAAAUACUAUUCGUUCCAAUGCAAAAGUUGAUCUAAGUUCUUCAGCUAAGACAGUUUCUGGUAAUAGUUUUAAUAUUGUGAUGAAUGAAAACCUUGCUUUGGAGGCAACCACAAGACGUAUUUUUGCUGUAUGGGAACAUUCUGGAAAUAAUUCAAUUACACCUAUGUACUCAUUGACAACGAAUGGUAGUCAGACCUCUAAAGCAACACUGGAAUUAGCACCCUGGAGUGUGACAGCAAAUCUAAAUGCCAAAUUUAGUCAACCCAGUUGUUGGUGGAACAGGGCAGAUGUGCAGCAGGAGGUGGCUGUAAGUAUCACACCAGAGAGCCAAGCAUUGAAAUGGAAUCAUAAUGGUCACCUCUUUUCAAUGAGCUACAGUAAUGCAGUAGAACUAUUAAACAAUAGAACGGAAAUACGUCUUGACCUGGCUGGAUCCUUGAAGGGAUAUGUAGCUUUCUUGAAAAAAAUAUGGCUUCCAGUUUAUGAUAAAAAUUUGUGGGAUGUGCUAAAAUUUAAUGUGACUGCCAGUGAGAUGGAGAAACAAUACUUUAAUGUAUCUGCAUUAAUAAUGUGCAUAAAGAGUGAAGAAGGCUUUCUUAUUCCUUUCCCGGUCCAGAGGAUAGCAAAUGGUCUAAAAGUAUAUGUCCCUGAAAUUACACUUCAUCUCCCUAAGUGGAUCAAAAAUGUACCAGAAGUGAUACUUAGCAACCUUGUUCCAACAGCUGGAGAAGGCGCAAUUCUCGAUGAAAUUACAUUUCCAACAAUCACAAUACCACUGGUUGACAUUGUUGUGCCCUCAUAUAAAUUCCACUUGUCAGAAUUAAAACUACCAAGAGUCUUCAUCACUCCUGAAUUUAACAUUCCAUAUACUACACUUCAAGUGCCAUCAUAUACCAUUAACUUCACAGAUAUUACUAUUCCAUUGAGCACAAACAUCCUUCCAUUUGAAAUUGUUUUGCCAGAUUUUCCCAUUAUAAGUUUUCCUGAUGUGAGCAUUGAUUCUAGGUAUAUUGAAUAUAACAAAAUCCCUUAUCUUGAAGUGACAAUACCAAAAUUCAGAGUCAUGAUUUCUCAGUUUACUUUAUCAAGGUUUUUUGGAACUGCUGGACAGUAUUUCAACCUAGGCACCAAUGCAAAGCUGGCAGCAGAUUCUGAACCACCAGCCCUAAUAAUCCCAGCAAAGACAAUAGAGAUUCCAUCACUGACAAUACAUCUGCCUCUAGCAGUUGUUUUCCCAGCAUUUAAGUCAUUAACUGGAAACAUCAAUGUUUUGACACCAAUAUACAACACCUCAUGGAUUGCCAGUGUGAAAUCAGAUGAAGACAAAGCAAAUAUCUUGAUGGCAACAGUGGAAGCCACAUGUAGUUCUACCAUGCAGUUUCUGGAAUACGAAUUAGAGGCAAAUACAUUGCUAAGUGAAACAGAUGAUGGCUACAAUGUGAAUGGAAAAUAUAUAUUCUCCCAUCCUGACUUAAGUAUGGAGUGGCAGGAGAAUUAUGUUAUUGAGAAUUCAAGGAUAGUUACAAAUUGUAAUGUAAGCAUCGUCAGUCCAACUUUCACAGACCUUGUCUUCAGUUGGUUUGGAGAUAAUAAUGGAAUUUCUUCAUCAGUCUCCAAUCCAUCUACAGGACUCCUCGGAAUGAGAAUUGAAGAGAGAGCGCCAGGAAUUUUGUAUGGAAAGUUAUAUUUCCAUAAAGAACCAUCUGCGGAAAUUGUUAUUUUGGAAAGUCAAGUCUCACUGGAGAAUACGGAAAAUCUUCAACUGACCUUCAAAUGGAAAGAUUUUGUAACCACAGAUUUCGUAGAAGGCAUAAAGAAGAGCAUACCCAAGAUGAUUGGAGCUGUCUACGACUGUGCAAACAAGUAUCACAGUCAACAUCUUGGAAUUCAGAUAAACGCCGUUCUUCCAAAAGUAAAGGAGUUACUGAAGCAGAAUGUCAAUGAAGCCUACACAAAAACAGUCAAUGCCAUCAAAGAAACUGAUGAUCAUUUGCAGUCUGCAGUUGAUGGUAUUGAAAAAGAGUAUCAAAACAUGAAAGGGAAAGCAAAGAAAUUAUACAAGAGAGCAGCAUUAAAAAUAGCAAACGAAGAUUAUCACAAAAUGAUUACCACAUUGUUGGAUGCCAUUUCCAAUUUGACACGAGAGUAUCAACGUAAAAUUAUGGAAUCAAUCGAGGCAGUAUAUCAUUUUCUAAAACAAAACAAAUUUAACGUUCCUGGAAGUCAUGAACUUUAUAAAGCUGAAGAUCUAUAUAAGCUCUUCAUAAAUGAGGCACCAGUGAUGAUUCAAAGACUUGUUCAGGGUCUGGAACAAUAUCUCAUAAAUGCAGUUAAUUACCUUGGGGAGGUGGAGCUAAAAAUACCUGGCACUAACACAGUCAUUGAUAACGCAGAAAUAAUUCGCCAGUUCAGAGUGUUUCUCCAGAAAGUUCAAACAAAGCUGCUUGAAGCUUUAGAAGGAAUGAAAAAAUUUAGUUUUGAAGAGAAUCUUUAUUCCCUAAAAGAAAAUAUGCACAGUUUUGGUGAAAAAAUUGUUUCAAAAUACAAAGAUACAGUUAAUAUUAAUUUUGAAGCUGUGAAAUCUAAAAUUCACCAGUGGUACAAUGAUGGUAUGAAUUCAGUGUAUGCAGAACAGUUGAAUGAGUAUUCAGUUAAUUUGAAACAAUAUCUUCUAAAACUGAUUCAAAUGUGCCAAGAUGCGUUGCGAGAGGCUAUUGCAAAUAUUCCGACAGGAAGCAGAAAUUUUAAAUCAAUUUACCAAGAAUAUUUUGGUAAUUUCUUGCCUAGAUGGGCAGACAGGCUUGAAGAAAUUAAUAACAUGUUAGUUCAAAAGUUGACAGAAGUUGCAGAUUAUGUAGAAGCAUGUCCAAAAUUAAUCGAGGAAAAUGUUAUUAUUCUGAAGAAAGAAGCAAAUAAUUCCAUUAAUACUUUUAAUGAAUAUUAUAAAAUCAUGCAGUCAGAGUUUCAAGAAGAUGGGCAAAUAGUUGCUGGAUAUAUUAAGAGAGUUAAAGGAAAUUUAAAGGCAGCAUUUGCAGACACAAAAAAGCAGGCUAAUGUCUAUAAACGGACAAUUAAGAGCAGAAUAGAUAGAGUUUUUAUCAACCUUGAUGCAUUCUAUGAAUCAUUAAUUGUUAAUGCACAGAGAGCAGUUGAUUCGUUUAUUGAAACCUGCAGCAAGUUUGCUCAAGAACUCUUUAAGUUCGUAGAUUUAAUAUCCAAAGAAAUAUUCGCUGGAAUGACUGUGAAAAAGCAACCUGGAGAGCUUAUAAUCAAUGUUCCUCGGCAUCUUAAAUAGAAAUCAUUUGAUGAGAUUCCCCACAUGAGUAAAGGAACAAUGAAUCAACUAAACACAACUUUUAUUAAGGGACGGCACAUGCUACAAAAAGAUACUGUUCGAGCAUGGAAACUAAUUAUGGAGGAGUAUCAGAAAAAUAAAAUGCUGCUGGAAGAAAGAAAAACAAAGAAGAGUAAACCAAAAUUUUAAAAUGCAUCUGAAUAUUUAAAGUUAUUAUAAACAAAAUCAUUUAACAUGUAAAAUGUACCAUUCUUGUGAAUGAAAAGCAAGGAAUCAUUUAUUAUUUCAGUUUUCAAAUGAGAAUAAAUGCAAAAUUCUUAAAUAA